AUGGCAUCACAUUGGCCUGCAUUAAUACAAAUUUUGCUGCUGUAUGUGACGGUCACAUCGCCUGAGCAAAGUGGGAAUCAUCAUGUGAAUUUGAAACUCAUUGAUGGCGAAACACGGCAGGACGCUGUACUACGAGAAUUUACAAAAUUGUAUAAUAAACAUAGAGGAACAAAUGUGAGUGUGGUGCCAAUUCAUCCUGCUGCCUAUGAAUACUGGGGACUGUAUGAUGAUACAAGACGGCGGCGAAGGAGACAAGGUUGCGCAACCGAAUGUGUCAUGCCUACCAUUGGGGACGGCCCGGCUGGGUAUGGAGGUCUUGUCUCUGACAACAUGUACUUUGAGAUAAGUUCUGACGCUUGCCCCAUUCUGACUAUAACCUGUAUCGGCGGCGGUUAUGCAGCUAUUGAAGUGAAUACAAAUUAUGAAGAGGGCAGCAUGUUAGCUGGUGAGUUCGACGAAGUUUCGAUAGCUACCGCAACGUUGUCAUGCGAACAGUACGGCUGGGGAGCACCCGAACCAGAUCUUGCUAUUAUUGGAAAUUCUUUUAUUUGCGAA